AUGUCGAAGCCGAGUAUGCGGACAUUUUGCGAAUUGAUUGGUGGACACAUUUGGAUUGUGAUUGACGUCGAUUUCAUCAUUUGCUACAUAUACCUGAUGGGUCCUACGCUUUCUAUCAAGAAUGAUUUAGUGGAUAUCCUAGGCACUUCGCAACUCAACGGUCAUUAA